AUGCCCUUCCUUCCUUUUCCUUCCUUCCUUACUUUCCUUCCUUCCUUAGGAGGUUUUCUUUCCUUCUUAAAAGAGUUUCAUUUUUCCUUCACAGAUCUUCCUUCCUUCUUUCUUGUAAUAUUAGAAGAGAGCUGCAUCUCUCUAAAUACAGUUGACUCUGUCGACAGCUUUGUUGCUGAUAUUAACAGUGGACACUGGGAUACAGUCUUGCAGGCUAUCCAGUCUCUCAAGUUACCUGACCAAAAACUAAUUGAUCUUUAUGAACAGAUUGUUCUGGAGUUGAUCGAGCUUCGUGAGUUGGGAGCUGCUCGCUCGUUGCUUCGUCAAACUGACCCAAUGAUCAUGUUGAAGCAGACCCAGCCCGAUAGAUACGUCCAUCUGGAAAACAUGUUGGCUCGGUCCUAUUUUGAUCCCCGUGAGGCUUAUUUAGAAGGUCAAACAAAAGAGAAAAAACGUGCGGCCAUUGCCCAAGCAUUGUCUGGAGAAGUAAAUGUUGUGCCACCGUCCCGUUUGUUGGCUCUGCUGGGUCAGGCACUAAAGUGGCAACAGCAUCAAGGACUCCUGCCUCCAGGUACGACUAUUGAUGUCUUCCGGGGUAAGGCAGCAGUUCGAGAGCAGGAGGAAGAAAAGUACCCUACUCAACUGAGCAAGACCAUCAAGGAUAACUUUAUGAUGAUGGAUGAUGCAGUUUUGUGUAUGUGUUUCAGUCGUGAUUCGGAAAUGCUUGCCACAGGAUCUCAAGAUGGUAAAAUCAAGGUUUGGAAACUUCUUACUGGUCAGUGCCUGAGGAAAUUUGAACGUGCCCAUGCUAAAGGGGUAACGUGUGUCACUUUCUCACGGGACAAUGGUCAGUUACUGAGUGCAUCAUUUGAUCAAAGCAUCAGAAUUCAUGGCUUGAAAUCUGGAAAAACUCUGAAAGAAUUCCGUGGCCAUUCUUCUUUCGUCAAUGAUGCUGUCUUUACACAAGAUGGUCAUCAUAUCAUCAGUGCAAGUUCGAACCGGCACUUCUUCAGCCUUUGGAAUGUGAAAAGCACUGAAUGUCAAAACACAUUCAAGUCUCUUGGCGGCUCAACCGGGAGUGACAUUACUGUCCACAGUGUACACCCCUUGUUGCGGAAUAUGGAGCAGUUUGUUGUAUGCAACCGGUCAAAUACUGUCGCCAUCAUGAACAUGUCUGGACAGAAACCGGUUCUCUUCUUUUCCUUUUUCUUCCCCUCUGCUUCCCAUAUUCUUACUCUUCCUCCACCCCUUUACUCUCUUCACCUCCCCAUAAUCCUUCCCUUCACCCUUUGCUCACCUAUAUUCUCUCCCUUCCACCCUUCUGCUUUAGAUAUCCCCCAUCCACUCCCCAUAUUCUUUCCCUCCCUUGUCCCUGCUUUCCAUAGGCUUUCUCCCUUUCCCUCAAUAGGUUGCUUUUCUCUUUUCCUUCCUUGA